ACGCGGCGGGCGCUGCUGAGGUGAGCCGGCGCCGGAGGAGCGGCGGGCGAGGCGGGCGGCGUGAUGGAGGGCGGCGGAGGAUCCACGCGCGGGACCGUCCGCGAGAAGAAGAAGGGCAAGAGCCCCGAGGAGGCCGCGGGGGCCGGGAUGGCGGGAGAGCCGGCCGGCGGAGGAGGGAAAUCGCGGAAAUUCAAUCUGAAGCGGGUGAUGGCGGAUGAGUUGGAGAGAUUGACCAGCAUGAGGAUAAAGAAGGAGAAAGACAAGCCCAGCGUGGCUCAUAGGAAUUCCUCUUCUGCCUACUCGGAUGUUCCUGGCGCAGGUCAGAUGCUGCAGGAAAUCUCGGACGAGGAUGUGCUGAUUCUCUUUGAACAGAUGCUGCUGGAUAUGAAUCUAAAUGAAGAGAAACAGCAACCUCUAAGGGAGAAGGACAUCAGCAUCAAGAGAGAGAUGGUCUCCCAGUAUCUGCAUACUUCCAAAGCUGGAAUGAGUCAAAAGGAGAGUUCGAAGUCUCCAAUAAUGUAUAUCCAGGAGCUGAAAUCUGGGCUCCGAGAUGCACAGCUGCUCAACAGUUUGGAAUCUCUGCGGGUCUCUCUCAACAAUAAUCCUGUCAGCUGGGUGCAAAAUUUUGGAGUUGAGGGUCUGAACUGCCUGCUGGAUAUACUGAAAGGCCUGCAUGACGUGAAGGAAGAGGCUUCCAGCCACUAUGACACCCGGAUCAAGCACGAGGUCAUCAGAUGCUUAAAGGCUUUCAUGAACAAUAAAUUUGGAAUUAAGACCAUGCUUGAAAGGGAGGAAGGCGUCUUAUUGCUGGCAAGAGCUGUAGACCCCAAAGUCCCUUCCAUGAUGAUUGAUGCCCUCAAGUUGCUGUCGGCCCUCUGCAUCCUUCCUCAGCCCGAGGACAUGCAUGAACGUGUUUUGGGGGCCCUCACCGACCGAGCAGAAAUGGAUGAAGUGGAGCGGUUCAAGCCCUUACUGGACGGUUUGAAGAGUGGCACCUCAGUGGUGUUGAAGGUCGCCUGUCUACAACUGAUUAAUGCCCUGAUCAUCCCGGCAGAUGAGUUGGACUUCCGGAUGCACAUCCGCAGCGAGAUGAUGCGAUCCGGACUGCAGCGGAUCCUCAGGGACUUGCAUUCGCAAGACAAUGAGGAGCUGAAGGUGCAGCUGUUACUAUUUGAAGAAUAUUGCGAGGAAGAUUCUGCGGAACUCCGAAACCGUUUGGAGGACAUUCGCAUAGAAAUGGACGACUUUGGAGAGAUAUUCCAGAUUCUUCUCAACACAGUCAAGGAUUCAAAGGCAGAGCAACAUUUCCUCUCUCUUCUGCAGCAUCUCCUGCUCAUCCGUAAUGACUAUGAUGCCAGGCCUCAGUAUUUCAAGCUGAUUGAGGAGUGCAUUUCCCAGAUAGUCCUGCAAAAGAACGGGACCGAUCCAGAUUUUAAGUGCAAGCACAUUGACAUCAAUGUUGAAGGAUUGAUAGACAACUUGGUCGACCAAACGAAAGUGGAAAGAAGUGAAGCCAAAGCCACUGAACUGGAGAAGAAGCUGGAGUCUGAAUUGACUGCCCGGCACGAGCUGCAAGUUGAAAUGAAGAAGAAGGAAAGUGACUUUCAGCAACAAAUCCAAGAGUUGUGUCAUGAGAAGGAAGCCCUGGAGACAGAGAAGCAGCAGAUCGAGUCAGAGAAGCAAAGUCUGGAAAGUUCUUCUUCUGCGCUGAAUGAUGAGGUUGCAAUUCUCAAAAAAGAACUUGAAGAUGCUAAGAAGAAAAUGGAGGCUAUCGCCAGUCUCCCGCCACAGCCUCUACCUGGUGGGCCUGCCAUUCCCCCUCCGCCUCCGCUACCUGGUUCAGCUCAAGUGCCACCACCACCACCUUUGCCAGGAAUGGCAGUAGUGCCACCGCCCCCACCUCUUCCUGGGGCAAUUGGUGUGCCGCCGCCGCCGCCUCUUCCCGGUACAGUUGGAGUGCCACCUCCGCCACCUCCGCCUCUUCCCGGCGCAUCUGGGUUUGUACCACCGCCACCGCCGCCUCUUCCUGGAGCGAUUGGAGUGCCGCCGCCGCCGCCACCUCUUCCUGGCGGGCCUGGAAUGCCGCCGCCACCGCCGCCUCUUCCCGGUGGGCCCGGAAUGCCGCCGCCACCGCCGCCUCUUCCCGGUGGGCCCGGAAUGCCACCGCCACCGCCGCCUCUUCCCGGUGGUCCUGGAGUGCCACCACCACCUCCUUUUGGUGGUCCUGGGAUGCCCCCUCCUCCCUUGCCUUUUGGCUUUGGGGGCGUACCUGCUGCUCCGGCUCUUCCGUUUGGAUUGGCGCCAAAGAGGAUGUAUAAGCCAGAGGUUCAGCUGCGGAGAACCAAUUGGUCCAAGAUUACGGCUCAGGAGCUCUCCCAGGACUGUUUCUGGGUCCAGGCCAAGGAGGACCGUUUUGAGAACGAAGAUCUCUUUGCCAAGCUGACCCUCUCCUUCUCAGUUGCGCAGAGCAAAUCUAAAGCAAAAAAACAGCAGGAGAACGGAGAGGAGAAGAGCCAGUCCAAGAAGAAGGUCAAAGAGCUGCGGGUGCUGGAUUCGAAGAACGGCCAGAAUCUCUCCAUCUUUCUGGGCUCCUUCCGCAUGCCCUAUGAGGAGAUCAAGAACGUCAUCCUGGAGGUGAAUGAAGCCGUGCUGACUGAGUCCAUGGUGCAGAACCUCAUUAAAUUAGUGCCAGAACCAGACAAGUUGAAGAUGAUAGCCGAACUGAAGGAGGAAUACAACGAGCUGGCUGAGCCGGAGCAGUUUGGAGUGGUGAUUAGUUCCAUUCCCCGCUUGCGGCCCCGCCUCAAUGCCAUCCUCUUCAAGCUCCAGUUUCACGAGCAGGUGGAAAACAUCAAGCCGGAGAUCGUCGCCGUGACGGCCGCCUGCGAGGAGGUCCGCAAGAGCGAGAACUUUGCCAGCCUCCUCUCCAUCAUCCUCUUGGUGGGCAACUACAUGAACGCGGGUUCCAUGAACGCCGGGGCCUUCGGGUUCAACAUCAGCUUCCUCUGCAAGCUCCGAGACACCAAGUCGGCUGAUCAGAAGCAGACUUUGUUGCACUUCUUAGCCGAAACCUGCGAGCUGCAGUAUCCGGAUGUGUUGAAAUUCCCGGAUGAGCUCAUCCAUGUGGAGAAGGCAUGCCAAGUUUCUGGUGAGAAUUUGCGGAAAAGCCUGGACCUAAUGAAGAAGCAGAUUUCAGAUGUGCGGCGUGAUGUUGGCGACUUCCCCAGCGCCGCAGAGGAGAAGGAUAAGUUUGUAGAGAAAAUGACCAGCUUUGUUAAGGAAGCCCAAGAGCAAUAUGAGAAACUACGGAUGAUGCACUCAAACAUGGAGAACCUGUAUAAGGAAUUAGGCCAAUACUUCCUUUUCGAUGCCAAUAAAAUACUGAUCGAGGAGUUCUUCAGUAACCUGCACAACUUCAGAAACAUGUUUCUGCAAGCCUUAAAGGAAAACCAGAAGCGGCGGGAGAUGGAGGAGAAGAUGCGGCGAGCUAAGCUGGCCAAAGAAAAGGCAGAAAAGGAACGGCAAGAGAAGCUGCAGAAGAGGGAGCAGCUGAUCGACAUGAAUGCAGAAGGGGAUGAAACCGGAGUCAUGGACAGUCUGCUAGAGGCCUUGCAGUCAGGAGCGGCCUUCCGUAGGAAAAGAGGACCACGCCAAGCUACCUCUCUUCUGUCCCUUUACGAGGUGGUGAAGGAGGCGUCUGAGCGGGUAAUCUGUGGGCAUGUCCGUGUUCUUCACCCCCUUUCCAUCCCCCCCCCCUUGUGUGCUAUAGGCAGGGAGGAUUGCAAAAGGAGAGACUCUUGCAGGCAGCCUCCGAAUCAGGGUUCCAGACUGCCCUGGUGCAUGUAAAAAACAAAAGACAUGAACCUACCUUUUGUGAAGACCAACCAGAACGACCAAGAAGACACGUGCAAGCUCUCAGGAUCUCCAGAACUCUUCAGCCGACUGACUUUAUGAAAGGGGGAGGGGACAGAAUUCAGGCUGUGAGGUGAAGGCCUUUUCCUUAUAUCUUUCCUGAGUGGAAUGCCUCCAGGCUUCCUGGGGUAGUAGCUGGGGCUGGUGCUAGUUUGUACUUUGGCCUUCUGGAACUGUGGAAGCCUCCAAGCCAGUAACUAAUU